AUGGCUGAUAAGGCUUUAACCCUUGGUCAGCGAGUGAUGGUAGUAGGAAAGGACGUGAAAGGUUCGGUAGCCUACGUUGGGAAUCCUACUUUUGCUUCUGGAAAAUGGAUCGGGAUAAUAUUGGAUGAGCCUAAGGGAAAGAAUAACGGUACCGUACGUGGACAUGCUUAUUUUCGUUGUGAGGAGAACUAUGGCGUUUUCGUACGUCAAACCCAAAUUCAGCUCUUGGACGCAGAAGAUAAUCCCAUGGACACCUCAAUGACCACUUCGUCUGAGGAACCAACGAUUAUGAAGUCAUCAAGCAACAGGCGCCUGAGCAGUAUAACAGUGGCCCAGAGGUCUAGACCAACCACCGUCAGGCGGAAGGCGUCGCCGGCGCAGACGAAAGCAGGAACCUUGUCGAUGUCGAGCUCGAGGACCUCUCUCGCGAGCAGCCGCCAGUCUCUUACGUCGUAUACAUCACCAACGACGGAGAGGGCUAUGUCACCAGAUCUCACGAAGAGGGCGUCGUUUGUCGAGACCGGUUUUGUCGAGACGUUGACGCCGCAGUACACACCUGGACAGAGCAUUACGUCACCGCAGACCGCCUCCACCGCCGUGGAGGAUAAACUAGCCAACAUGCAGGCUCAGCAAGAGAUCACAAACCUCAAGGCGGAAGUUGAGGAUCUGAAAGAGAAGCUAGAGACUCUGAAGGUUAGGCGUGCUGAAGAUCGGGAGAAGCUUCGCGAGCUCGAACGUCUGCGUCUCCAGCUUGACCAGGCUAAUGAGUUCAAGACCAAGAUUAUGGAGUCUCAAGCUCAACUGCAACGAGACCUGCAACGCGCCAAACAGGAGGUCCGUGAAGCACAAGAAGCAUUGGAGGCCCAUAACGAUGAGACCGCGGAGCUUCAAGAGGCAGCGGAGAUGGCAGCGUUGGACAAGGAAAUGGCCGAGGAGAGGGCUGAAGCUUUACAAAUGGAGUUGGAGCAGUGCCGAGAUAAGUUGGAGGAAGCUACUCUUGACCUUCAGCUUAUGCGCGCUGAAAUGGAAGCCGGUGGGAAUAUCCAGCACCCGUACGCAGCGGCCGAUGGCGGCGCCACCGGAUACGAGAUGAGAGCCCUGCAGCAACAGAACGUGCGCCUCCGGGACACGCUGGUCCGUCUGCGUGAUCUCUCCGCGCACGACAAGCACGCCAUGCAGAAGAUGCAGAAGGACUUGGAACAGUACAAAUCGGAAAUAGCUGAAUUGAGCCGUACGAAAGAAAAACUAUCGGCAAGGGUCGAGGAGUUGGAAGCACAAGUUGCGGAUCUCCGUGAGCAAGUCGACGCUGCUUUAGGCGCUGAGGAAAUGGUAGAGCAAUUAGCAGAGAAGAAAAUGGCUUUAGAGGACCAAGUUGAACAACUCAAGCAAGAUGUGUCCGAGCUGGAAGCCUUGCAAGAGGUCCACGAACAGCUGGUGGAGUCCAAUAGGGAGCUAGAGAUGGAUCUCAGGGAGGAGUUAGAGAUGGCGCACGCGGCUACGAGAGAGGCGGUGCGUGAACGUGAGGCGGCUCUAGAGACUAUAAUGGACAGGGACGCGACCAUCGUGAAAUUCCGCGAGCUGGUUCACAAGAUGACUGAGCAGUAUAACGAGAUACGAGCACAACUUGACUCCAAAGAAGAGUCGGUGCGUCCCGAGCAGGAGUGUGGUGGUGUGGUGCAAGUGCGCGCGUCUCCAGCAGAGCUGGGGUCGCUGGUGCAGGCGUCGCGCGCCUCCACGCGCUCGGUGGACCUGCAGCUGCGCGCGCUCGAGCUGGCGCAGGCGCGCGCCCGCGCCGACAUGCUGGCCGCCUGCCUGCCCGACCACUUCAUGGCCACCUCCGGGGAUCACGACGCAAUAAUGCUCAUUCUAUUACUACAGCGGCUCAACACCAAAGCGGACAUCAUACUUGGGCAAAUACGAGAAAAAUUCCCAGCAGUGAACGUGUGGGACAGAGAGGUGAUCACCAAGACGCACACGGCCGUCCAGUACAGCUUCCGGUGCCAGCUCGAGUAUCAGUUGCAUAUGAUACAGUGCCUAGUGAGCAUGUGGUCGGAAGCCCUGGAGACGUGCAGCCCGGAGCAGCUGCUGCGGGCGGCCGGCGCGCUGCCCGACGCGGCGGCGCAGGAGCGCGCCUUGGACGCGCUCACCGCGCUGCUGCGCGCCAACGAGCUCGACGAGAACUGCGCACUCGAAGGUGUGGAGCGGUGCUGGUCGUAUCUGGCGGCGAUGUGGUCCGCGCUGGGCAUGAGCGCGGGUGGCGUUGCGCGCGAGCCCGUGCUACGAGCUUGUGCCGCGCUCGACGCACUGGCGCGGGCGCUGCACGCCGACGCGACCGCGCUAUCGCACGUGCUGCAGGCGUCGGACAAGCAGCACGUGUUGGGACAGCUUCACGACCUAAUCAUGAACAGCAGUACAGCUCUGCAGCAGCAGUUGAAGAGUGUCCGACGUCGUCUGCCCCCUGGUGUUCACCUGGACAAAUUGCCUCUGGAUUUGCAGUUGGUAGAGCGGCUACGCAGUGACUGUGCCACGACGCUGUGGCGUUGUUGCAAGGCGGUGGCGCUGGCAGCUCGAGCCGCGGCCGCGUGCGCCGCCACGGCGGGCGAGCGCGGCGACGGCGCGGCGCUGCCCGCCGACACGCUGGCCGCCGUCUGGGAGGCCGCCACCGACAAGGUCUACCAGCAGGACGACCACGGCCCCGUACCGACUAUACGGCAUGCACUCAACCUAGUUUCAGCGGACGUGAACAAGUUGGCCGCGUUCGCGCAAGAGAACGAGUACGACAUGAUGUCUCUCACCAACGUGCAAGUGGAUAAGCCAACACCGCCGGUGGUGCUUAGAGCGCAAUUGGUGAAGAAACAGCUGGAGGAGACGAAGACGCUCACCAUCAAACUAGAGAACAAAGAGGCUGACAUCAAAGAGCUUAGGAAGGCGCUUAAGGCGAAACAAGAGGAACUAUCAGAGAUGCAGAUCCGCAGGGAGCUGGGAGAGCGGAAACUGUUGACGGCCGCCACCGAAGCGGGACAACGCGCCGAAACGCUCCAGAGGAGACUAGACGACGCGCUUAACCAACUUAAAAAGAAAGAGAAGGAAUACGAAGAGACCCUGGACCAUCUGCAGCAGGACAUUGAGUCGCUGGAGAGCGAGCGCGGCUCUCUGAGGAACAAGUUGAAAUUGUACACGAAACGUGGCGGCACGCACCACGCGGCCGUGACGCCUCCGGCUUCUCUGCGAGACUUUACACCGGUGGUGACUUCAACGCCAGCCCCGAGAGAAACGCCGCAGGAGACUCCAGUGAAGGUAGCAGAAGGUGUUGCUGCUGGAGAAGUCAACGAGGCCUUGCAGCAUCAGAUCAAAGUGCUGAGUUGGACAGUGGAGCGAGAGCGCGCGGCCCGCGUGGCUGCUGCGCGGCGAGCGGACCGCGGCGCGGUGCGAGCGCUGCGCCCGCUGCAGCACCCCGCUGCGCCCGAGGCGGCCGCGCGCCGCCGCGCCGCGCUGCAGCUCGAGCGCGACCUCGCCAAGCUGCACGCGGAGUGGACGUUAUUUGUGGCGCGUUCGGGUCUUGUGAAGUUCCCCGAUGACCCAAGCAAAUACGGCAAAGCGCUGCAGCAACAUAAGGAGAAGCAACGGGAGAUAAGACGGCAGCUCGAAGAGCGUUUGGCGGCACUUCAGGCGGAGGCGCGUAACCUUCUGAUGCUGCACCGGCCCUGGAGAUGCGUGGAGGCCGAUUUUGCCGAGUUUCCUGCUCCGGAAUUGGCUGCUGCCAUAAACCCGAAGACUGUGAAAGUGGGGACAAUCCGUUAUCCAGCCUCCGAACCGGCGCAGACGAACGAGGACACGGUCUACGUCACUCCGUCGCAGCUCGCCAAACUACGCGAGUUGGUAACAGAACUGCAGUCCGAAGACGUCAAGUUGGAGCUCGCUCCUCUCGAUGACACCGUUUGUGCGGCUUAA